CCAUUCAUGGAAUCAUUUUCCUCAAAAGACAUCAUUUCCAGUGUAACUACAUACGUCAACAACCAGUAUCAGAUGGAACAGUUGACAGAGUUGUUCCACAAAAGUCCAGCAAUGGAUGCUAAAAUUACUGUAAACAAUGCUCUUGAAAUCAUGAGGUCUAACGUCAAUUGGAUGAAGAACAACAAAGAUACCAUUGACAAGUGGUUGCGUGAAUAUGUUAAGAAGUUGCCAACAACCUGAUCUGUAACGAGCCAUGUGGCACAGUUAUUUCAAAGCAAUUGGCCGCUGAGGAAACUUAUCAAAAUAAAUUAGGGCCACAUGACACAAGCAACUUGCCAGAAGCUGCCAGGGACCAGCUUAACUAUAUUGUCUGCAAUAUUUAUUUAAGCAAAAAUAUUUAUUGGACUUAAAGAGAAUUAUAAGGACAAACAAAAAUUAUAUGAUAAGAAUAAUAAUAUAAGAGAGAAUACAAUAAGAACAAUAAUGGUGAUGAUAUUAUUGAUGAUAAUGAUUAUAAUGAAUAAUAAUAAUAAUAAUAAUAAUAAUAAUAAUAAUAAUAAUAAUAAUAAUAAUAAUAAUAAUAAUAAUAAUAAUAAUAAUAAUAAUAAUA